UGCCUGCCGAGCCGCUAGGGGUACACUUGAACAUCAUCCGUUUGUCAGUGACGGGAAACCCCCAGCCCGGAAGCACAGACCCUUUCAGGUAGAGGGUCUUUCAGGAUGAUUUCAUUCAGGCAAGCGGCUUGUUUCACCUGCUUGUUGGCUACGGUUUCUGGUGGAUGCCUAACUCAACUGUAUAAGGAUGUCUUCUUCAGAGGUGGGGAUGUCACCACCGUGUACAGCCCCAGCGUCAAGCACUGCCAGGCGGUGUGCACAUUUCACCCGAGGUGCUUGCUAUUCAGCUUUCUCCUGCAGAGUUCAAGGAGUGACAAAAGGUUCGGUUGCUUCUUGAAAGACAGUGUUACAGGAACCCUGCCAAGGAUGUCACUGAGCGGGGCAAUUUCUGGACCUUCCUUAAAGCAAUGCGGUCAUCGAAUAAGUGCUUGCCACAGAGACAUUUAUGAAGGAAUCGACAUGAGAGGAGACAAUGUUAAUGUGUCCAAGGUUGAAAGUGUCGAGGAAUGCCAGAAAAGGUGCACCAACAGCAUUCACUGCAAGUUCUUCACCUACGCCACCCAAGCAUUUCAUGAUGCAGAGUACCGGAACAACUGCCUGUUAAAGCACAGUUCAACGGGGACACCGACCAGUAUAAAAGUGCUGAACAACGUUGUGUCUGGAUUCUCCCUGAAGCCCUGUGGACUCUCAGAAAUUGGCUGCCACAUGAACAUGUUCCAACAUCUCACAUUUUCGGGCGAAGAUGUGGCCCGAGUAAUCGUGCCAGACGCUCUUGUGUGUCGAACAAUUUGCACCUAUCACCCCAGCUGCCUCUUCUUCACGUUCUAUACAAAUGCCUCGCCCACAGAAGCACAAAGAAACGUUUGUUUACUUAAGACUUCCAAAAGUGGGACCCCAAGCUCCCCCACUCCUCAGGAAAACACUGUGUCUGGAUACAGCCUUUUAACCUGCAAAAGAACUUUGCCUGAGCCCUGCCAUUCAAGAAUGUACGCAGGAGUUGAUUUUGGGGGGGAAGAACUGAACGUGACCUUUGUUAAAGGAGUGAGUAAUUGCCAAGAGACCUGCACAGAGAUGGUCCGCUGUCAGUUUUUCACGUACUCUUUACUCCCAGAAGACUGUCGAGGAGACAAGUGCAAGUGCUCCUUGCGAUUCUCUGAGGACGGUUCUCCAACUCGGAUUACAUAUGGGACGGGAAGAAGAUCCGGCUAUUCUCUGAGACUGUGUAGAAGUGGAAAUGGCAUCGGAUGCACCAGGAACACAGCCAUGCGCAUCGUUGGAGGAACCAAUUCUUCUUGGGGAGAGUGGCCCUGGCAGGUCAGCCUUCAAGUGAGACUGAAAACCCAGAAGCAUGUGUGUGGAGGCUCCAUCAUUGGGGACCAGUGGGUCCUCACGGCUGCCCAUUGCUUCAAUGGGCUCUCCUAUUCGGACGCGUGGCGCAUUUAUGGUGGCCUUUUAAAUUUGUCAGCGAUAACAAAAGAAACCCCUUUCUCAGAGAUAAAAGAGAUUAUUAUUCAUGAAAAUUAUAGCAUCACAGAAACCACUCACGAUAUUGCUUUAAUAAAGCUUGAGGCCCCUUUGAAUUUUACCGAAUUCCAGAAACCAAUAUGCCUCCCUCCCAGAGACGACCCAAACGUCAUUGACUCUAACUGCUGGAUAACCGGCUGGGGCUUCGCCAAGGAAAGAGGUGAAAUCCAAAAUAUCCUACAAAAGGCAAAAGUUCCUUUGGUAACAAAUGAAGAAUGCCAGAAAAGAUACAGAGAUUAUGAGAUAACCAAACAGAUGAUCUGUGCUGGCUAUAAAGAAGGGGGCAAAGAUGCUUGUAAGGGUGAUUCAGGUGGUCCCUUAGUUUGUCAGAGCAAUGAAAUGUGGUAUUUGGUGGGCAUCACCAGCUGGGGUGAAGGCUGUGCCCGCAAAGAACAACCAGGUAUCUACACCAAAGUGGCUGAGUACAUGGACUGGAUUUCAGAAAAAACACAGGAAGGCGACGGACAGUCUUCGUUGAAGUCACCGGCGUGAGGAAGCUUCCUGGAUGUGGGGCAGAGCCCGCAGUUCACAUCCUGACCCUUGGAGUGCUUUUCUGCAGAGACAUGGACGGUGACAUUCGUUCUGCGUCCUUUUCAUGAACAGGAAAAGGGACCAUGCCCACAGAGUUGCUCAGGGUGGCGUCGCACAGAGGCGUGCUCUUCGCCUGUGACAACAGCACUGAUCACAGAAGAUGCUAACUAAACACCAUGAUUGCUUGUUAUGAAAUAAAAUUACAAAUGAGUGGAAUGAAGAGUACUUUUUUUCCCCAAUUGUAAAACAGAGCUGAAGAAAAAUGACCCUAGAUUCUAGCACAGUGUCCAAGACCAUUCUAAUCUUACCGCUUCCUCCAGAACUCAGUACGUCUCAGAGAUCACUUCUCUGUGCUUCACCCACAUGGUCGUUAGAUCCACCACUGCCUUUACUGGGGCUGAGAAGCCAGUGAAUUUGAUUUGUUUGUUUAUUGCCAAGCUGAGGAGAAGAAACCCGUGCAGCAUUUAUUUUCCAAAGAAAAAGAUUAAGUUCCCCAAACUCGUGAGGAUAGUGGUGCUGCUUUUCUUUUUGACCUGCUACUUCUGCGACCCUGGCACUACUACAGGCUGCCUGGCAAGGGUGACCCGUGGGGUGGCAGCUGCCUGGUUGUAGCUCUGGCAAUAGGCUUAUGGUACAGCCUUCGUGGAGGGUGAGGAAGCGGCUUUGCUGCGGGGUCAGUGGAUACUGGUAUGUGUAACAGUAAUUCAAGAAGCACUAUUGGGUAUAAAGAGUCUCAUAAAGUUCAGUCUUGUAACUUCAUGGCAGUCGCAGGGAGACCUGGAAUGAACGCUAUCAAUCUUUAUGUAACACAAAUUCCAAGGCUGCCAGUGAUAAUGACAUUGGCACCAGGUCUCUGGACUUGGUUCACUUAAGCAAACAUAACACUUAUACAGAAGUGGCCACUUACAGCAUAUUGUGUAAAUAAAGUAGAAAAAUAGAGAAGUUUCUAAAGGAGAUGUUUUUCUUUCAUACUCAAAGACACUCUCAGCGGUAGGAAGGGCUACAGAUGAAGGGGAUGGAAAAAAA